AUGUCAUCAUUUUCAUCAGUCAGUUCAUCGAACGACUUUAAAAUGGCAAGAUGGGAUCUAAGAAAAGAGGAGCUGAAACUAUUUCUAUACUUAAAAGGACUUUCACGUCCCAUUACUGCUGCCCACAAUGCGACUGGUUUGGUUAUAGGACAUGUGUCGCUACGAAAAAAGUACUUGCCACGGUCAAUGGGUACCAAAGAAGUUGUCGUUUACAAAAGUAACAACAAUCACUUUCCAUCCAGAGUUUGUGCUAUGGUUGGUUUAUUUUUCAUAUCAAUGUUUACGAAAGAAAUGUUACACCGCAUUUUAUUCACAACAAUUUAUAUAUAA